GCCGAAAGAAACCAAAUAUAUAUAUAGUGCGUGUAUACACUUCAUACAUACUUACAAUGAUGAAAUUAUGGACUUUUGUUAAUUAAAUGCAUUUAAAUCUCGUACGAUAAACUCACGCGCACUUGCAAUCGUAAACUUGCAUAUAUGGAAUUGAUCGGUAGUGAGCGAUGCCCAACGGAAAUCGAAAGCGGCCGGAUACGCUGGAAUUAGAGGUGCUAGGAGCGCGCCAAGUCGAGUCUUCCGAUGAUGAGGAAUGUGCGGUCACAGCUCGUGUUCUACCAAAGUCGCAUCAAAAGCAUUAUCAGCUACAACCAGAACAAGAGAAGCACUCGCCAAAGCCACAAUCCUUCAAUGCCGACAAAUUGGAGAGCACAUCCGAUGACAAUGCGCGAUCGUCGGUGUCAUCGCCACAACCACAGCUGCAUACACAGUCGAAGGCGUCGCAAAAGACGCGUCCCCAUCGAUGGUUUCAUCUACGUCGAAGACCACGAGCCGCCCCUGCAGACACGACGGAGCUCACACAUCUACCUGCGUGCGAAAUCAGUGCCACAAAUACCGGCACUACGAACACUGCCACCGCAUCGCUAGCCAAGCCCGAAACACCAGUCAUCGCCAACUCGACCACCACCAUCACUACAACGCUGCCUACAAGUGUGACAAUACCCGACGUUGCAGCUGUGCUCCCGCGACACGACUCCAAAAAGCGUCGAACUCGCACACAAACCGAUAGUCUCUACAGUCUCGCUACGCUUGCUCAAACGAACGAGAUGCAACGAGCACAUCAACACUCCGAACCGAAUGUGUCCAGAGCGCUAACCAGUAGUACGGGUGACCACUUACCGUGGUCAUGUUCGAUGGCCAACGCAAAUAGCACACAAGAAGAAGCAGAAGCGGCAAUUUAUUCAAACGAUGACACUGUCACUAUCCAACAGGCGACUCGGGCAUUUCACGAGCUUGGCGGCCGCGAACAUAUAUUGCUCACUUCUGAGCUGGCAACGUCAGCGGAGGAAGUGAUCGAGGGCGUAAUGCAGCCACCAACGAAAAGUUUCAAGGCGUGGCUAAUGUCUGUUUUGGGCAAGUUGUCUGGCUGGAAGCGCAGAGAGUGCGUUCGGCGACGUUCUCGUUCAACGCACACCGCAAUGGACACGGCGGCGGCGGAUGAUGCGGCAUUUGGUGGCAAUGGAGGAGCGGAAAGCUUAGGCGAACAUAAAAGUCUGAACGCUAGUGGCGACUUAGAAGCAUUGUCAGCAACGACGAAUACAGUAAACGGCGCUGGCGGUGGAAAUGGCAUAUUUGCUAACACCAAGGACAAAGGAAUACGUCGAUUGUCACAGAUGCGACGCCGGCGCAGCUCAUAUUACUUUUCUGAGAAUGAACGCAGAAUUCGAGCCAACGACCGAGAAUUUAAUGCACAAUUUAAAUACGCCGAUAAUUUCAUUAAAACGUCCAAAUACACACUGCUGACUUUUUUGCCAUUUAAUUUGCUCGAACAAUUUCAACGUCUUGCCAAUUUCUAUUUCCUGUGCUUGUUGGUGCUGCAACUCAUACCCGCGAUAUCAUCAUUGACGCCCGUUACCACAGCCAUACCGUUAAUUGGCGUAUUAACUUUGACAGCGGUUAAGGAUGCGUAUGAUGACAUUCAACGCCAUCUGUCGGAUUCUCAGGUGAAUAAUAGACGAUCAAAAACAUUACGUAAUGGUCAGUUAAUCGAUGCAAAAUGGUCAGGAGUACAGGUUGGCGAUGUGAUACGUUUGGAGAACAAUCAAUUUGUGGCUGCCGACAUCCUCUUGCUGACCACAUCCGAACCGAAUGGUCUGUGUUUCAUCGAAACAGCCGAAUUGGAUGGUGAAACAAAUUUGAAAUGUAAGCAAUGCCUGCCUGAGAUCACAGAGCUUGGCCAGCGACAUGAUCUUUUGUGGAAUUUCAAUGGUGAAAUUAUAUGCGAGCGGCCAAAUAAUCUACUUAACAAAUUCGAGGGUACACUUAUAUGGCGGAACCAAAGAUAUGCGCUGGAUAAUGAGAAAAUCCUACUUAGAGGCUGUGUACUACGCAAUACGCAGUGGUGCUAUGGAGUUGUUAUAUUUGCGGGCAAAGACACCAAACUCAUGCAGAAUUCAGGCAAAACGCAAUUCAAAAGCACCGGCGUUGAUAGACUGUUAAAUUUUAUUAUAAUUGGGAUUGUACUUUUUCUACUUUCCAUAUGCGCGUUUUUUACGCUGGCCUGUGCCAUUUGGGAAAGCUUUAUUGGACAGCAUUUUCAGGUGUACUUACCGUGGGAAAAUAUCAUACCAAAAAAUGUUGCGCAGGGUUCCACCGUUAUCGGCCUGUUGGUGUUCUUUUCCUAUGCAAUCGUCUUAAAUACUGUUGUGCCAAUAUCUCUCUACGUUUCAGUAGAGGUUAUACGUUUCGCCCAAUCAUUUCUAAUCAAUUGGGAUGAGGAAAUGUACUAUGAACCUUCGAAAACUCAUGCCAAAGCACGUACCACCACACUCAACGAGGAGUUGGGACAAAUACAAUAUAUAUUUUCGGAUAAAACCGGUACACUAACACAAAAUAUAAUGACCUUCAAUAAAUGCAGUAUUAAUGGGCGCACCUACGGUGAUGUAUUCGACCUGCGUACGGGCGAAGUUAUCGAAGUUACAGAUAAGCAAAAAUAUGUACAGAAUAGCAACUUUAAUGUGAGCGGCAGCAAUAGCGCCAAUAAAAGCACACCGGCACCAACAAUACUAUUGCACACCGCGGAGGUACAUCCGAAGAAGAGCACAAUUAUGGUUUCUAGUCCCGAAGAAGGUGGCGCUGCAGACGUUACCAUUGCAACAGCGAAUUUGACAACCACACAAGACGCUUUAUUGCCCAUGACUGGUACUGUAACUGUUCAGACUGAUUUGGCCAACAGUCCUACGCAAGAAUACGCGCCCCAUAUUUCGGCGUCCAGCAGGCAUCAAGCUCAAUAUGAAGAUAGUUCCAUUGGCAGCUCAACGCCUACGGAAGCUAAAGCGCAGCGAGUAACUUGGCGCCAACGUUCAACAUCGCUGUCACCGACCCGUCGUAUGCGACGUCAAUUGUCGACGCGAUCCAAUGCGAGCGAUAAAGUAAUGACAUUCGGUGAUUCCACACCACCAACACCGUAUAGGGCACUGAUAAUGUCAUUUGACAACAACAACACAUCUAGCACAACUACUACACCCUUAGCAAAAGCCUGCACGAGCACCACGCCGCCACAAUCGCCUGACAUUACAACAAUGCUGCCAUCAUCAUUGACGAUGGCGAUGGCGAUGAGGAAAUCAUCAGUAACAUCCACAUCAACACCUGCAACUACACCCUCAUUGACAUCAGUAACACCAUCGCCAUCAGCACUAUCGUCAUCUUCCUUAUCGUCACUAUCGAAAAUCACAACAACAAUGCACUCAGAUACAUUAUCACAGACGAUGGUACUUUUGGGUACGCAGCAACAGCAACAAUCUCACACCACCAACGCGGAAAGUGGCACACAAAAGACACCAAACCAAAAAACCAAGAACAAAAGCCUAACAAAAUCGCUAACACCAGAUACAAUUGGCAAAACAUGCUGCAAAAAGCACUGUAUGUCAUGUUGCGCUUGCCGUAGCCAGGAGUUGCAGUCAGCAGAGCAAUCGAAAGGAAGCGCAAAAUCAAAAUUGAAAUCCAACUUGAAAUCGCAAUCGAAAAAAAUGCUUAAGCAAACAUGCGAAAAUUGUACAAAAAAAUGCACUAAUAAAAAUCACACCAAAAACGUACGCAUCAACAACAGCACCACCACAGUAACCGCCACCAAUACCGAUAAUGUAUUUAAUUUCUAUGACACCGGCUGGAGUUCGUCUCACCAAAAAGUGCACGCUCUCGAACCGGUGGACUUUUCGGCGAAUCCCGAAUUCGAACCCGACUUCCGCUGGUACGACAAGACCCUGCUGGAUGCAGUGCGCUCUGACGAAGAGCACACCCAAAAUUUCUUUCGCCUACUUGCGCUGUGUCACACCGUAAUGCCGGAGUAUGUGGAGGGACGACUCGAGUAUCAGGCGCAAAGUCCAGACGAGGCUGCGCUGGUGUCAGCAGCACGAAACUUCGGCUUCGUUUUCCGCUCACGAACGCCAAAUAGUAUAACGAUAGAAGUGAUGGGUAGUCGAGAGGAGUAUGAACUUCUCAACAUUCUAGACUUUAAUAAUGUACGCAAACGUAUGUCGGUGAUAUUGAGGCGGGGCGAUGAUAUUAUACUGUACUGCAAAGGUGCUGAUAAUGUGAUUUACGAUAGGUUAAGCACUAGUCAAAGUGAUAUUAAGGCGCGUACUCAGGAUCAUUUGAAUAAAUUCGCUGGCGAAGGUUUAAGGACACUGGUACUUGCCGAACGACGACUUGACGCAGAUUAUUAUAUGGAUUGGUUACAACGCCAACAAAUAGCAGCUGUUUCAUUAGACGCUCGCGAAGAGAAACUGAAUGCCAUGUAUGAGGAGAUCGAAAGUGAAUUGAUACUCGUCGGUGUGACGGCGAUCGAAGACAAACUACAGGAUGGUGUACCACAGACGAUAGCCAAUCUACAAAUGGCUGGCUUGAAAAUUUGGGUACUAACUGGCGAUAAACAAGAAACUGCUAUAAAUAUUGGAUAUUCGUGUCAAUUAUUAACCGAUGAAUUGGCUGAUGUGUUCAUUGUGGAUGGCAGUUCACUAGAGGAGGUCGACAAGCAGUUGCGCCAAUUCCGUGAAUCGGUGCGAAUUGUCAAUCGUUUUAGACCUACGCCGCUCGAGCCGAAUGUUAAUCUGAAUCUCAAUUUAAAUGGUUCGAAUAAUGCCGAUCGUAAUAGCACAUCUGUGACGUAUGGAACUGGUUUUCGUACGCAGGCCACACCACCGCCGGCGCCAGCGAUAUCUGUUGUUACCUUUAGGUGGGAUGAUGACAAAAUUAAGCAUAAUAAGGGCGAACCGGACAGCGCCGAAUGUAAUGAACUCUAUGACAAUAUCGAGAAGGGUGCUGAUGGCGCGACCACAUUACACCCGGAUGAAGUAAUCGAAGAGAACACCGGCUUCGCGAUUGUUGUCAACGGACACUCGCUAGUUUACUGCCUCUCGCCGGAGUUAGAAUCAAAAUUCUUGGACAUCGCUUCACAAUGCAAAGCAGUUAUAUGUUGUCGAGUAACGCCGCUACAAAAAGCACUAGUUGUGGAACUAAUUAAGCGCGCCAAGAGUGCGGUAACUCUGGCAAUCGGCGAUGGUGCCAAUGAUGUGUCCAUGAUCAAAGCUGCCCACAUAGGCGUUGGUAUCUCUGGCCAGGAGGGUUUGCAAGCGGUACUGGCAAGCGAUUAUUCGAUCGCCCAAUUUCGCUAUUUGGAGCGCCUUCUACUCGUACAUGGACGCUGGUCGUAUUAUCGCAUGUGUAAAUUCUUGCGCUACUUUUUCUAUAAGAAUUUUGCAUUUACACUAUGCCACUGCUGGUAUUCGUUUUUCUGUGGCUUCAGCGCACAGACGGUGUUCGAUCCAAUGUUCAUAUCAGUCUACAAUCUAUUCUAUACCUCACUGCCGGUGUUAGCGUUGGGCGUAUUCGAACAAGAUGUCUCUGACAAGCACAGCGUGGAGUACCCAAAAUUAUAUACGCCCGGACUGAAGAGUCAAUUGUUCAAUACACGUGAAUUUGUUUACAGUGUACUACAUGGUGCCUUCAGUUCGCUCAUACUCUUCUUAAUACCAUAUGGCACAUACAAGGAUGGCGUUUCGCCAGAUGGACUCAUUCUCAGCGAUCACAUGACGUUAGGUGCGGUUGUUGCCACUAUUCUUAUAAUCGACAAUACAGCACAGAUAGCGCUAUAUACAUCAUAUUGGACGAUAUUCAAUCACAUUACCAUCUGGGGUAGUUUGAUAUGCUUCUUUGUGUUGGACUAUUUUUAUAAUUAUGUCUUCGGCGGUCCCUAUGUCGGUUCACUUGCGAUGGCUAUGAAAGAUCUGACAUUCUGGACGACAAUGAUAAUAACGGUAAUUAUGAUAAUGGCGCCGGUAUUAGCCUACAAAUUCUACCUAAUCGAUGUGCAUCCUAGCUUAGCUGAUAAGAUACGUCUUAAAUGUCGCGUGAAAACACGCGCACGUCAGAGCAAUAUGGUUAUGCGGACCCCUUCGGCAAGGAAGGCGCGACGAUCUUUACGUUCGGGUUAUGCAUUUGCCCAUCAGGAGGGCUUUGGUCGCCUUAUCACCUCUGGUAAAAUUAUGCGUAAAUUACCACAAGAAUUUGCGUUCCCUUUGGGAUUGGGCAGCAAAAAGCUGCAGCCACAAACCACAGAUGGCAAUGAAGGCAAGAAUGGCCAAAACAAUAAUAAUAGUACGCGAAGCAACAAAAACUCAUCGACGGGUUAUCUUAACGAUGCCGACCUGGACAGCGCGACUGGAGGUGGCGGCGGCAGCAACAGCACCCGUAGCGAAGAUAACCUAAGCCCACGUGCACCUUGCCAAGACUUAGAUACAAUUAAUCUUUAAGUUUAUAUGUAUGUAUGUUUGUACUUGUGUAUAGCGUAUACGUAUGUAGAAUGUGAGAAGCCGACAGAAAUUAAGUGAUUGGCAAAUUGCAUACAACUUUUUCUGUUAGAUAAAGGCCACCAAAAACAAAUAAACCAAAAAAAACCCAAGCAAAAACGAAAACUUA